AUGAGUGAUACAGUACUUCAUGUACUCAAUAAUCAUGAUACGAUACGUGAAGAUUAUAUAGGCCCAAUGAACAUAAUAUGUCAACACUGUCUGUCAAGACAUUUCGCCCUUGAACAAGUUGCGAAUAAAAAAAACUCUUUCAAUGAGUGUUGCCGACAUGGAGAAGUUAAAUUGGAACCGAUGCCCGAACCUCCAGUAAUUUUAAAAUCCUUAUUUGAAGGAACUCAUGAAAAGUCAAGAAAUUUCUUUGACCGAAUAAGAAAUUAUAACAGUUCCUUUUCAUUUGCAUCAUUCAAUGCAAACUUAUACAAUCUCAGUUCCCAGAGAAGAGGGCCGUACUGCUUCAAAAUUCAAGGACAAAUUUAUUACCAAAUGAAUACGGCAUUGUAUCCACCGAUUGACGAAACGCCAAGUUACGGUCAACUCUUCAUUGUAGAUACCAAUGAAGCGGCAGAAAUACGUUUAAAUCGAAAUAUUGAAUGUGAUUUAGAACUAUUUAAAACAAUAGAUUGUAUUAUUCGUGAUCAUAAUGUAUUUGCUGGGUCAUAUCAGAUGAUGAAGGAUGUUAUAGACAGUAACUCUACGCGUGAUACACAUGGAAACGUUAUUGAACCUGAAUUGAGUCUGUUAUUUACUUUGAAGCCCGGUAUGGAUGCCCGACGGUACAACUUUCAAAGGGUAAAUGAAGUCGCGGCAAUUUUUUCUACUACUGCUGAUGGUGAGAUACCGGAAUCAUAUAUCACAGUUGCAAAUAAAAAUACUAAAACUCUUCGACGAUUAAGUACGAUGGAUCCUAAUACCGAACCUUGGGUUUAUCCUCUAUUUUAUCCCUAUGGUAAUCAAGGAUGGCAUGACAGUAUACCUUAUAUUAAGAAAACGACACGAAGGGUAACUCGUGCAGACUAUUAUAAGUAUAAAUUAGCAAUUCGUGAUGAAUUUAAUGUUUUUCUGAUGGGCCGUCGUUUAACUCAACAGUGGGUAGUGGAUAGUUAUGUAAAAAUAGAAAAAGAUAGAUAG